CCGAGAGAAAGGGGGGGAGACAAUGUUGACAACAUUCUUAUAUCAAGUAGCUCACCUGUAAAUCGGCUCACAAUGAAUAAAUCAUUUGUGUAAAAGUGUUUGUUAACCGUUGGUUGUGGACACGAUUGUUUGUCCAUCUGUCUGGUGACCAGUGUUUCAUUUCAACUCAACAAAAUAAAACCCAUAACUCGUCAAAUUCACCGGAACAAAUUGGAGAUUUAACCGAGUCUACAAAGAAAAAGUCAAGUCUAAAUAGCCGAGAAAGAGGUUUAAGGCCCAUGACAGAGGGGGAAGAUAUCACCAUAGGUGGAGGCGGACUUGAACCUUGGCUAAAAGAGGAGAGGAGAGAAGAAAGGAUAAAUGAAAUGGGCAAAUUAAAGGAGUAGAGGAAAUACUAGGACAACAAUAUACCUGUUCAACACAAAGAUAAUGACGCUGCGUGAAGUUUAGAAAUCAACGAGAAGUUGUAUCAGAUGUUCUAGGUGAAAAAGAAUAGUCUGUCUCGUGCACUAGAUACGUUCCUUUACUCCGUUACAUUGUGAAAUGUGUUUUACGACUAACAUUGAUACGAUUGGCUGUUUAUCGUACUAAUCAAAGAGCAAAUUAUAUUCUUUUUGCUAUAAUAAAUGUGUCCUAGGUAACAAACUAUUUCCUGCAGUGGUUUUUUUUUAUCUCCCUUACCCUGUUGACUGCGAUACGAUUAUUACAGUGUUUAAACUCCUGUCUUGCUGACCGUGAUAGGAUGAUUACAGUGCCCUGUGUUCUAUGUAACAAAAGUUACGAUACAGUGUUUAUAGUCCUGUCUUGCUGACCGUGAGAUUGGUAUAGUGUCCUGUGUGGCAAGGUGUUUAUCACCUUGUCUUGUGGACUGUGAUAUGAUUUAAGUUCAACAAGUACUGGACCAUUCAGUUUUCGGUGGUUUGUGAUUAACAUGCGAAUAAUAAAAUAUGGAUCACAGUAUAAUCAAAGUGUGAAUUCUGAAUAAUAAUAAACAAGCAAUGUAAAGAAAAUGUGACCUAAUCUGGAAAUCUGAAUAUUGUGUUCUCAUCAUGGAUCCUGGUUUGACGAUGGUGAUGUGUGCUGUGUUGUUGACGAAGAUGGUGACCAUUGCAGAGUUCAAUGAAACAGAUUAUGAAGAAGAAUUGGAUAGUGUUGAACCAGUGUUUCUGAGUUCUGUAGACAAUAUAACAGUGAGAGAAGGUGGUUUGGCUAUUUUACCAUGUUCAGUUCAGAACCUCGGCACCAGACAGGUGGCUUGGAGAAGACUGGAUAAUGAUCAUUUCUUAACAAUUGGAACAUUAACAUGGGUAAAAGACUUGAACAUCCAAGUAGAGCACAGAAUACUGGGCGAUAUAUCUAUUUGGGACUUGUUAAUCAAGCAUGUUAGAACCGAUCAUGAAGGUUUAUAUGAAUGCCAAGUGACAUCAGUGAAUAGAUAUGUACGUCACAUAGCACUGCACGUGCAAGCGAUAGUAGUGAAGGGGAGACAACUCGUUGAAAAAGGUGACGAACUGAAACUGGUUUGUAAUACCACCGGGAAAUUCCGAAUGCCUGAUGACGUUAACUGGUACAAAGAUGGUCAACCAAUUAAUUCUUCUAGAUUUAGUCACGUUGUUGUAACGAACUAUCGGUCAUUAGGGUCAAGGACGUUAGUGAGUGUUUUAAGUGUGAAUAGGUCAAGGACAUCUGAUAGCGGCGAAUACAUAUGUAGAAGUUCAUUGGCUGAAAUUGAUAGUAUAAAUGUCACGGUACAAACAGCGGACAUGCCUAAUGUUAAAAGAGGUAUUCAAGGUGUACAGGGUGUAUUCAGACCAAUCAGCAAACUCUCUAACAGUGUACCCACAUCAUAUUCUCUUCAAUAUAACAUCUGUUUCGUCAUAAUCAGUUUUGUGGUCAGAUGAAUUAUUCAAUUAUGAAACAAAUUUAAAUGUGAUUGUGGAAAGUGAAUCUUAAAAUUACAUUUGUGACGUACGAAACUAUUCAUUUCUUUGCUUUGUGUGGUUGCUACAUUAUUUUCUGAACUCGGGUGGAAAUGGACCUAAUCUUUUAUAAAUAAACCCAAGAUCUCCAUAGAGAGGAGUGUCAAACAAUGAUUGUCGUCAUAUUUGAAAGGAUAUUGUGUCGAAUAAUCAAUGUUUUGAUAUUUAAAGGAGUGUCGACAUAGUUAAAGGAGUGUCGUCAUAUUUAAAGGAAGCCAUAUUGAAAGGAAUGUCACAUAAUCAAUGACGUCAUAUUUAAAAGAUUGUUGCGUCAAUGGUGUGCUUUAAACUAAAGCAGUGUCGCACAAACGGCACAUUGAAAGGUGUGUCACAUAAUCGAUGGGGUCGUAAUCAAAGACUUUGACCCAUAAUCCGUGACGUCACAUUGAAAGAAAUGUCACAUCAUCAUUGACAUCAUAUUAAAGGGAUGUUACGUAAUCAUUGAUAUCAUAGUUAAUGGCGUUAAGUCACAUUCGUUUGGCAAUGGCUUGAUAUGUUACUUACUAGUCAUUUCCGCGCUUUCCUGUAAUCAGGAAAUAACCUUUGAUGUAUUAGGCAUUGAUGUUUUAACCACCAUAACAGCUCUCGUUUAUAAUGAGAAGUAACGAGACAACGUAAUUAACUCGUAUGAUUGCUUCUUUUAUGUUGACCGAAGGGAUUUGCUCGAAGUCAAACAUUUGACAAAUUUAAAUAAAAAUGUAUUUUUUCUGGUAUUAGUAUGAAUUGUCGAGAUUUUGGUGAUGCAAAUCUACAACACAAAAACAAUGAAAAAGUUUCUUAAAGGAAUGUGAAAUGUGUGUGUGUGUGUGUUUGUGCAUCGGUCCUCGCAUUCAUGUGUGUGGGUGAACCUGGUCUCACAUUAAUUUGUGGGUGUACGAGCUGUCUCGUAUUUAUAUGUGUGUGUGUACCUGAUAUCGAAUUAAUGCGUGCGUGUACCUGUCUCGCAUUAAUGUGUGGCUGUACGUGCGGUCUCGCAUUAAUAUGUGUGUGUACCUGGUCUCGCAUUAAUAAUGAAGCAUAUUAGUCGGUUAUGGUACAAUCUUAUUGCCUUGUCUAACAAAAUAUGAGAAGCCUAUUUAAAUUUCAUUUUGUCUUUUAUUUUAACGUGGACAGAUAGGCUCUUUUAAGAUUACUGAACGGAAUAGAAAUUUCCAUUUCUUGUGUUUGGUUCUGUUUAUAUGUAUACGUUCUGAUCGUUAAACGUUUACUUUAGUUGGAAAGGUUAGUUCAAUCACAUGCUUAAAAUGACGUCAGAAAGGAAGUGACGUAGGAGUGAAUCUGAAAUAUUACCUUACUGUAAAUGACGACAGGCUUUUUUCCUACGUCACUGCGCUAUUCUGAAUUCAGGAAAGGACUGACGUAGGAGCGAUUCUGACGUAUUAAAUAAUAUCUUGCUUUAAAUGACGUUGUCCCUACGCCGUGCCGCUAUUUCGACUUCAGAAAAGGUGUGACGUAAGGCCGAAUGUGACGUAUUAGAGAAUACUAUCCAGUGUACGUUUUGAAAGGAUGGUAGAGACGGGACAACGUGCUCUAAAUGACGUCAAGCUGGUUCUAACGUCACGACGCUAUUCUCACAUGUAUACGUUUUAGCAUAUUUGUGAUUAUCGAUAUUAAUCGAUGCAGAUCCGACAAUAAUUUGCCAACAGUUAUCUGUUAGAUAUCCAUACAUUUAUUGUAUUUUUUAUUUUAGUACCUGAGUGAUUUAAUAAAUAAAUAAAUGUAACACUUAAAACUUUCCUUUUUUUUGCUGUCUCUCAAGACAAAAAGUGAAAGAAUUUAUCCAGAUGAUUUACGACUUGCGGGAGUUAUGAACUCUAAUUUAGCCGUAAUCACCGAGCAUUGAUUUAUUCACUAAACUUUCUGUUACGAUAAAAUAGCCACGUCUGAUAUUUAGCAGUUUAUGCAAAAACAACACGUAAACAUCGUGCUUAACAGUUCACGGUUUAUUAUGUGAUAAUAGUGUUUAUAAUCUUGUUCACAUUUAUAUGUAAAUAUUAAUUAUCUUGCACUAAAACAUAGAA